CGUGUCAGCACCUGCUAGAGGGAGUGCUAAAGUCGCCCGGGUAGCGUUGCUAGUUGGCAGAGGAGGCUUUGGCGGCGACAUGGACAACGCUGGGAAAGAGCGAGAAGCGGUCCAGCUUAUGGCGGAGGCCGAGAAGCGUGUGAAGGCUUCCCACUCCUUCCUCCGAGGGUUGUUCGGAGGAAACACGAGAAUAGAAGAGGCCUGUGAAAUGUAUACCAGAGCUGCAAAUAUGUUCAAGAUGGCCAAGAACUGGAGUGCUGCAGGAAAUGCAUUUUGUCAAGCCGCCAAACUCCACAUGCAGCUUCAGAGCAAACACGACUCGGCUACCAGCUUUGUGGAUGCUGGGAAUGCUUACAAGAAGGCGGACCCUCAAGAGGCUAUCAACUGCUUAAACGCAGCCAUCGACAUUUACACAGACAUGGGAAGGUUUACAAUCGCAGCCAAGCAUCACAUCACCAUUGCUGAGAUCUAUGAGACUGAGCUUGUGGACAUUGAGAAGGCUAUUGCACAUUAUGAACAAUCUGCUGAUUAUUACAAAGGAGAGGAAUCUAACAGCUCUGCUAACAAGUGUCUGCUGAAGGUGGCAAGCCUACGCUGCACAGCUGGAGCAGUACCAGAAAGCCAUCGAGAUCUACGAGCAGGUGAGGACACUGUUGUCACCUUGGCAAAAGUUGGGUGGCUGCCUCUGCUCCGGGAGAAUGCAGAACUGAAAAGCAGGAUCUGUAUACUCUCCCACCUCGGGGCUGUGAGUGACAGUUACCACUGUCUGCUAGGGAAGUCUAAUGGUCGGGGCCUGCCUGUUGGCGCUCCUCAGGUGCAGUGGCUUCACAGCGAGGUGCCCGAGUCAGAGUCAGCCGGAAUAGCCAAAACUUAG